AUGGACCUGACCACGCGUCGACCCGACGUUGCGACGCCUUCGGGCAAGCCAAGGGCCGCCAAGAGUGUCUUCUCCAUCAGGAGUCUCGUGGAGGUCGAGGAAGACUCGGAGUUGGCUAAGAAACCCGAACUGUCAAACACGCCUCCAAGGAGUUCCCCGGAGACGGCUAGCGUGGAGGGCGAGGGAGAGGGAGAGACGACCAUGGGGGUGUCAGGGAGAGACGACGAUGGAAGCGAGGGAGAGCUCGACGACUUCAACUCUGCGCCGAAGAGGAAGCAGAGACGCUACAGGACUACCUUUACCUCCUUCCAGCUGGAGGAACUGGAGAAGGCGUUCUCCAGGACACACUAUCCUGACGUAUUCACCAGGGAGGAACUAGCGAUGAAGAUAGGGCUGACGGAGGCCAGGAUCCAAGUAUGGUUCCAGAACAGGAGAGCGAAGUGGAGGAAGCAAGAGAAGGUCGGACCUCAAGGUCAUCCCUACAACCCCUACCUAGGUUCCGCCCCGGCGCCAGCCAUCGCACCCUCGCUGCCCAACCCCUUCACCCACCUGGGGUUCGGCCUGAGGAAACCCUUCGACGCCUUCCGGUACCCGACGUUGCCGCCUGGGCCGGUGUUCCUAGGACAUCAUCCGCAGUUCCCCCGGCCUCCGCCCUUCCUCGGGCACCUCGCGGCGUACUCCCCGGCCACGUCGUUCCAGAGUCUGUUGGCCAACAUCUCGGCAGCCCAGAGACCCAAGCUGCCGCUACCCUCCGCCAGCCCUCCGGAGCCUGAGGAGCUACCUCCAGCGGUGGCUCUGCCCCCCACCCUGGCCACGACCCCUCCGGCACCAUCUUCCCCUCCGGACAUAGACAGGAGGUCCUCCAGCAUCGCCGCCCUCCGGCUCAAGGCGAGGGAACACGAGCUGCGGCUGGAGAUGCUGAGGAAGAACGGAGAAGUUAGUUAAUCCGUGUAGUCGGCGACCACUGGUGCUUGUGCAAUGUGUCUGAUGAAAAUAUCACAAUCCAGAAACCGCAAUAGAAACUUUAAAAAUUACAUAUCACGAAAAAACUGGAUGGUGUAGAUCGAGAGUAAACUUACCUUGUUGCCAGUUCGGUUAAAAUUUAAACAUCAACUCAUAGAUUUAACAUACUCCCUUAUCAAAUCCUCAACCCCCAAAAGUUCUAAAAUCAUGACGAAGAGUGAUUUAACUGUUAUGCAAAAUCUAGCAAACAACCAACAAUUCUUGCUUAAAAAUCAGGAGUGUUUUAUAACUUUCGUAUUCUUCACAUAGGAACUUUAAAGUCUCUUAAACAAAUUGUUAAUUUAAAAAUGAAAGUUUUUGUUAAAAUUCUUAAACUAUUUUACUGCUUACUAUUGAACUAUGUCUAGAGUUUCGGUUGGUCCAGAACUUAAACUUCUGGGCUUAUACAGUUUUUAAACUAUCUUUGCAAAUGGAGGAUUGUGUUUGAGUUGAAGUCCAAGGCAUGAUGAGUUUUUGUUGGUGUAAGUUUAGAUAAAAACUUUAAAAAAAUCCUUAUUUAAAUUAUGAUCCCUAAUAUGAAAAUUUGUAUUCAGACUCGCAGACACACUGUACAUAAGCGGUAUGCUGGGCGAAUCGAAGCCCAGAACCACCAAAAAGUUAGAUGGACUUGUAUAAAACUAAGUUUGUAAAGCUAUUUAUUGUUAAGUGUUAAUCUAUUUGAUAUCCGUCCCGGUAAGCAUCACUGUAAGUAGUAUAGGUGUUGGUGAAUGCAUAUUUUUGUGGCUUAUACGAUACUAGGCUUCGCGAGUUCAAGAAGUGAAAAAAAGGUGUUGUAAAUCUUGGUUUAAAAAAUCUUAAAAAGUAUUCAUAUAACAAUUGAAUGUC